AUGUCGCCGCAAAUGUGGGUGCUACGUGCCAUCAUGGCCUUUGAGAUCCUCCGACAGCCCGGGUUCCAUCGUGCCGUCGGCCGUAUCCACAAAGCAAUCCAUGACAAGCAGCAUGGCCGGAAUUCGAAUCCGCACGAGCCGCUGGCCCCGGGAGAGGCCACGGCCGACCCUACCCCUGCCGGAACCAGCAGGGGCUUCUUCAAGCACUUCGCAGAGGAGAUCAGGAAUCAGUUUCGGGGGAAGCCGACGGACCUGUCUGACAAACCGCCCAAGUGA